AUGAAAGAGAUGCAAUCUGAGAAAAAUGACGCCCCAAGUCAACCCAUCACAACAACUGUUUCCAACCAUGAUUCCAAUCACCUUUCGGGCAACAUGCCAAACACACCCUCCGAAAAAAGCCCACCCGACGAGCCGGUAGAUCGCAGCCAAGCCGAAAUCGAACCGAUUACAACGGACCCUGAAGAAGUAAAACCCCCUGAGAUUGACGGCGGCUAUGGAUGGGUUUGCGUGGUAGCCGUUUUCCUGAUCAAUGCGCAUACUUGGGGAAUCAACAGUUCUUAUGGUAUCUUUUUGGCCCAUUAUCUGGCCACCGAUACAUUUCCAGGGGCGUCGGAUCUGGACUUUGCCUUUGUCGGUGGUCUUUCACUUAGCAUGGCUCAAUUAAUCGCCCCGGUCGCAACAAUCACAACUCGAGUAUGGGGAACAAGGGCUAGCUUGGUGAUUGGAAUUACCUUGCAGACCGUGGCAUUACUAGCAGCGUCGUGGGCAAAGGAGACUUGGCAAUUGUUCCUCAGCCAGGCUUUAUGUUUCGGAUUCGGUAUGGGAAUGCAAUUCAGUUCUACCGUUGGUAUCGUUCCUCAAUGGUUCACCCGUCGACGCUCCCUCGCAAAUGGUAUCGCAACGGCCGGGUCGGGUAUUGGUGGUCUCAUAUACUCGCUAGCUACGAGCGCCAUGAUUCAAAGAUGGGGCAUUGGCUGGGCGUUCCGCAUCCUCGCAAUCGUCUCUGCGGUUGCGUGCGGUGUUUCUGCUGUUAUAAUCAGGGAUCGAAACAAGGCCAUUGGAGCUGUUCAGGUUGCCUUCCAUACCGAGCUGCUGAAAAGACCCGAGUUCUUACUCACUUUGGGUUGGGGUUUCUUCAGCGUGUUGGGCUAUGUGGCCCUUCUUUUCUCGAUUCCGGACUACGCAUCUACCGUGGGUCUGAACGCAUCUCAGGGCUCCAUUCUUGGUGCAAUGUUCAACUUGGGCGGAGGUCUUGGUCGGCCUCUUAUAGGAUAUAUCAGCGAUCGCUUUGGCCGCAUCAACACCGCGUUGGCCUGCACAUUCCUGGCGGGCCUCUUUUCUCUGGUUAUCUGGAUCUUUGCCAAGAGUUUCGGGGUUCUCAUCUUCUACGCACUGAUUUGUGGCCCCGUUGCCGCAACCUUUACAACCACAGUGGCACCGGUAGCCGCAGAAGUCAUCGGAUUGCAACUUCUACCGUCUGCAUUGUCGAUUGUCUGGCUGUCCUCAGUCACGCCAAGCACAUUUGCCGAACCCAUCGCCCUGUGGCUACGAACCGACAACGGAGAAAGCUUCCUUCACGCCCAGAUAUAUGUCGGCUUUAUGUUUAUGGCAGCGUGCAUUUGUCUUCUGUUCGUACGAGCUUGGAAGAUCACAGAGCUAGAAAAUGUUGGCUCUCCCAAUGAUCCUCUCAAACGGGACGCUCAGAUCAGGAACAAUGAUGCUAUGCUUCAGGGGCCAGAAGCCCAGGCUGCCGGUAGCGGCCCUGUUUCAAAGAAGGCAAUGUUUUUGAAGGGGCUGUUCAAAAUUUCUGCUGUUUAG